AUGGCAGAUUCUCAGGACUUGGAUGCUAACCUGACACUGGAAACAUCCCUGGGAAUGCUAACUGAAAGCCAGACAUUCUGCCUGCCACAAACGUCACAACUUGCCAAAUCGUGCACAUUGGAGAGUAAGCCAGCAUCUGAGUGCUGGGACAUUUCCGAAUCUCCAGUUCAAAGCCCUUCUCGCUUCCUGGCCUUGCCUCCUGCUCCACGUGCUAAACAAGCAGACAAUGCGAUUUUGGAGGCUAUUCCAACUGAGAUCGCACAACCUCUGGGUGCCUACCAGACUUCAAAAGAUGAGCAAGAAGAUCCUGUCCUCCUCCCGUUACAAAUGCCCAAUACCUGUGACAUCCGUUCCCCCACUGAAUCGGUGAGCCCAGGGAACACUCCUGGUUCCCAAAAUGCCCACUUGGGAGAGAGCUGCCAAAGUUUCAAGGACGAGUGGGCACUGGAGGGAGGACUGGAAUCUAACAGAGGUUCUGAAGACCUGAGAAUUCUGGGGGAAGAUGUCUGGCUUGCCCAGCCCUUCAGCCCUGUGACCGAUACUGACUUUCCAGCACCAACUAAGCCCCAAAUUCCAGGAAGCACAGAGGCGAGUGAGGUGCAGGUGAGCAGCACUUUCAUGGAGGGCCCCCCGCGUCUAGAGAGGGAGGAAAAGGAGAAAGUGUCUGACUUAAGGGACGAAGCUCCCAAGGCCAAAUUGCAGCGCCAGGACCCAGAGGGCCAGGCGGAGGGAGAGGAGGGAGAGGUGCUUGUUGGCAGUGCUACAGCCAGUGACAGGGCUCCCGACAUCACAGCCAAGCAUUCCCUCCACAGAGCUCAGAAAGCCACACCCGGCAGGCCCAAGAAAGCUCAGGGCCCUGGCCAGGAAAGGCCCAGAAGGCCCAGAGCAAGGAAGUCCAAGACAUGUGAAGAGCAAAAGACGGCAGGGGGCAAGGCGAGAGCAGAAGAGAAGCCGCCCAUCCCCAGGGCCAAGAGGAGGAAGGGCCAUCCACCUGAGCUCUGCCAAGAGUUCUUUAAAAAGCCUCGCAGCUCCCUGGGCAUGCACAUGCUGGAGUCAGUGCAGGUCUUCCACGCCCUGGGGAAGAAGAUGGAGCCGAAAACAGGGCUCUCUUCCUGCCGGGCUCUGGGCAACACACGCUGCAGCACAGAGCCCAAACCAUCCCCAGGCCUCCAAUCCGGGCUGCGGAUCCCAUGCCAGGAGACAGGGACUGAGCAAACCCAAGGCAAAGGCCAGAAACCAGAGGGCAGUGUUGGCACAGAGCGGCGUUCUCCCUCCCAGUGUGAGCUGCCCCCACCUGGGAAGGUCAAGUUAGUGCCUUUGCCCUUUCUUAGCAUGGACAAGCCCCAAGCUCGCCUUGCUCCUAGGAGGCCACACUCCCUGGCUUCACAGAGGGCCCCGGCACCUGACCCUGCCAGGCCUCCAUCGAACCCUGCUCAGCCGCCUGCAGUCAAGCCAUCACAAGCAGCUCCUGCCAGCACAACUUUCACUGCUGGGCCAGUUUCCAGCAGUCUCCCCAGACCAGGCUUCAACCACCCUACCCAGCAUGGGGUCUCUCAGUCUGUUGCCUGUAGGCCAGCUCCCUACAAGAUCUCAUCCUGCACUUCUCUGCACAAGGAGCCUGUUUCCACGGCACCGACCAAGGUCCACUCACUUCCCAACGCAAACACCCAGUAUCUCUUGGAAGACUUCAGCCGCCAGCCAAUACCAUGGAGGAAAGUCGAUUUUCCAGGGCCAGUUGAGUCCACCCCCAUCACAGAGGAGCAGAGGCCAGAGCGCGAGGCCAUGAAGAGGAGGGCUCAGCGGGAGCGUGAGAACGCGGCCCAGUACACUGCCCUGGGCAGAGUUCAGUACUUUGUUCAGAGGGAAAGGGACAUGGAAAUUUCUGAAUAUUAUGGGUAUAUGAUCUAA